AAAGUCUUGAUAUGUAGCUACUCCCGAAAAGUUUCAAAAGUUUUGAAAAGCUGCUUUUUACUUCGAUCUUUGCGGUUAUAUUACGAAAUCCAAAACCACUCCAACAUGGCAACUGCGUUUGUAUCGAUUCGCGAGUCGUCUUCCCACCUAGUCGUUGGUGGAAAAUAUAUUAUUAAAGUGUUGGGUUUAAAUCAAGCCACUCUUUAUAUAGAUAAUGGACAGAGCAAAAGAAAUACAUAUUUAAUAAAUAAGUGCGUUUUGUGCUUAUUAUCAGCCACAGUAUGGGAAUGAUUUUAUGAUGGGCCUAUUCUGAGGCAAAGCCUCGGUGUUGCGUGAGAGUUGCAGACUUUAGAGACUUCAUAUUCAGUCCACUAAAGUACAAGGAACUAAUGUUAAUGUGUUUAUCUGAACAUUUACUAUGUUUGCGACGGCGUUUGAUAUUAUUUAUUAUUUUGCAUCAAUUUAAACGCUAAAAUAGUUUCAACAAAUAAAGUUUUAUUUUGAAAUAUAGAUUUUGCUCUUUUUUUUUACUGAUUAUUAAAUAAAUGUCAUACUGAUGAUUAAAUAAAUGUCUUUUUCACAUGUUCUAAAUGCAUUCUGUUUUAGGUAAAUAAGGAGUUGAAGGGAUGUCAAAAAGUGAGACAGAGGAGAUGAUUGAAAUUGAGAUCGAUGGACAGGAGAAACAGGAGUGUCUAGAGGAGGGAGUUGAGGAGCAAACCAUUACAGCAGCUGAACUGAUUACACAAGAUAUAGACAUCAAUGAGCCGAUUGGUAACCUGAAGAAGUUACUGGAGCCUCGUCUUCAGGUCCAACUGGAUGGAUAUGACAUAUGUUUGCAAGAUAUUCUAUUACAUCCUGACCACAGCCUGUUCGAUCAAGGAGUGAAGACAGAUGGCACAGUACAACUCAGUGUGCAGAUUGUUACGAAACAGGGGGAAGAGAAAUUAAAUAUUCUUGAGAUCGUGAAACCAGUGGAGACCGUGGAGGUAGUGAUCGAUCCAGAUGCAGCUGCAGGGGAAGAAGGCCAUCUAGUAGAGGAUGGGCAGGUGAUCUCUGUGGAGCGAGCUGCCAUUGCAGAUGAGACCUCAGAACAGGUGACCCGCUGGGCAGCAGCAUUGGAAGGCUACCGCAAGGAGCAGGUUCGACUGAGCAUCCCCUAUGACCCGGUGCAGUGGACAGCAGAUCAGGUGAUCCACUGGGCAGUCUGGGUGAUGAAAGAGUUUGGCAUUGAGGAAAUGGAGGUGGGAGGUAUUCAUAUUCCCGGCCGCCAGCUCUGUGCUUUCAGCCAGGAUGAGUUCCUCCAGAGAGUGCCCAGCGGAGAGAUACUGUGGAGCCACCUGGAGCUACUACGCAAGUAUGUACUUGCGAGUCAGGAUCAGGGUCAGGAAGCUACAGUCACCAUUGAUCAACCUGUGCAGAUCAUUCCUGCCCCUGUGCAACAGGCCACGCCCACAGCCAUUAAGGUUCUGAAGCACAACAAAACUCCUCGAGCCCCCCGUAUCUCAGGAGAGGAGCGCAGCUCUCCUGGCAACCGCACAGGUAAUAACGGCCAAAUCCAGUUGUGGCAGUUUCUCUUGGAGCUGCUGACGGAUAAAGACUCCCGGGACUGUAUUUCCUGGGUGGGAGAAGAAGGCGAGUUCAAACUCAAUCAGCCUGAGCUGGUAGCUCAAAAAUGGGGUCAGCGCAAGAACAAGCCAACCAUGAACUACGAGAAGCUAAGCAGAGCUCUCAGGUACUACUAUGAUGGCGACAUGAUCAGCAAAGUGCAGGGCAAGCGCUUUGUCUACAAGUUUGUGUGUGACCUGAGGACUCUGAUUGGAUACAGCGCAGCAGAGCUCAACAACCUGGUGACCGAGUGCGAACAGAAGAAACUCGCCCGGGUACAACUGCACGGCCUCGGCCAACCCGUCAACACAGUCACGCUGGCCACCGCCACAGGGCAGCCUUUCACUACAGUCACUUUGGCUGCAGCGGCUUUAGAGAAAGACUGUUGUUGAGGCGUGGCUUGUCGCUCCCAGCCAAUCGGGAGAAAGGGUUAAGAUGGGAGGAAACCGGGUUAAAGAUUUGACUUUGGGCAGGGUGGGAGAAAGCGGGUUUGUAAGCAGAUGUGCGCUUGUGUAUGUAUGUUUGUGUGUCCUUAAAAUGCUUUGAGUGAGUGAGUGCAUGAGUGAGACAAAGUAUAGAUGACUAUGUAUGAGCUUUCAGUUUUUGUAUGCUUGUUCUCUGACUGCAGGGUAGCAUUGACUAUAUUUCCAUUGUAUAUACUCUGUUUUUGAUAGCCACGUGGGCAGUGUAUUUUGAUAUUUUCCCUUUGUAAAAGAUCUUUUCUUUUUUAUUUGGAGUGUCCGAUUCCCUCAAGGUGAGGUACUUUUUACUGGCCUCCGGAGGGCAAUAAAGACACAGUUGGUUUUUGAA